UUCCCCUCGGUCCCAUAAAAGGGAGACCCCACCGAGCCUAGGCAUAUCGGCACCACCUGUUGCGCUAUGGCUGUCCCCACGUUCGCCGCUGCUGGCCGGGCCCGGUUUGCCAUCAAGAGUUACAGCGUAGAGCAUGGCUACCCGUCUCGGCGUCGUUCGCUGCUCGAUGAUGCCAAGUUCGAGACGCAAAAACGCCGAGAGGCCCAGAAGUUGCGAUCACAGGACGAAGAUGCCCUGCUGGAGGACGUGAGUACACCGGGUAAAGAUAUGUUUAAUGAGCUGUUCAUCCUGUCUUCGGGUGGCGUGGCGGAGGAUAUGACCAUAAGCGUGGUGUUCGGACUCAAGAAGGGCGUCCAGGAUCUGGCAACCAUCCUGAAAGAGGUCGAGGCCUGCGGUGGACGCGUGUCUCACCUGGAGACCCGCACGGGCCGGACGGCCGCGGCCCCGCUCGAGGCGUUCGCGUCUCUGCGUGGCAUGGUGCGGGACGGCCUGCUGCGACUCGGCAAGACCCUGGCACUCAAUGGCCUCGGAGACAUGCGCGUCGUCAAGGACGUCGGUUCCGCACUCGCUGGAGACAUCUGGUUCCCGCUGCACAUCACCGACCUGGACUUCUGCACGCAUGUGCUGACCAAGUUUGAGCCGGACCUAGACAGCGAUCACCCGGGCUUCUCGGACCCGGCGUACCGGCAGCGCCGCAAGGAGAUCGCCCAGAUUGCCUUCGACUACAAGCAGGGACAGCCCAUACCGAGGAUCGAAUACACGCCGGAAGAAGUGCGCACCUGGGGCGUCGUAUACAGAGGUAUGCGCGAACUGGUGCCGACGCACGCCUGCCAGGAGUUCGCCGACGCCCUGGCGAGGCUGGAGAGGGAGCUCCAGUACGGCCCGGACGCCAUCCCGCAGCUCGACGACGUGUCGAACUUUCUGAAACGUCGCAGUGGCUUCACACUGCGCCCUGCCUCGGGUCUGCUGACAGCACGUGACUUCCUGGCGUCGCUGGCCUUCCGCGUGUUCCAGUGCACACAGUACAUGCGCCACGGAUCGGCACCGCAUCACUCGCCCGAGCCGGACUGCGUCCACGAGCUGAUCGGCCACGUGCCCAUGUUCGCCGACCCAGGGUUCGCACAGUUCUCCCAGGACAUCGGCCUCGCCUCGCUCGGCAUCGCUGACGAGGACAUCGAGAAACUGGCCACGCUCUACUGGUUCACGGUGGAGUUCGGGCUUUGCAAGCAAGCAGGCGAGAUCCGGGCCUACGGAGCUGGUUUGCUCUCCUCGGUUGGAGAACUCAAGCACGCGUUGUCGGGCAAGCCGGCCAUCCUUCCUUUCGAACCGGAGACGACGGCGGUGCAGAAGUACCAGGACCUCGAGUACCAAGACACCUACUUCCUCGCCGAGAGCUUUCACGAAGCCAGGGAAAAAUUAAGGCAGUACGUGGCCCGUGCCAACUUCCGGCCCUUCGAGGUGAGCUACGAUCCACACCGGCAAUGCGUGACGGUGCUCGACACACCGAAGAAGCUGCUCGGUGUCGUCGACUCGCUGCGAUCCGAGAUACAGGCCCUGACCAGCGCCCUCGGAAAGAUGAAGUAGCGAGCUGCGAUCUCAACUAUGUUUCCAUUCAUUGUGGUUACGCAAGACGCGUACGGCCAUCGCAUGUCCGGACCUGUCGCCGAGAUGCUGGCCCUCAUCAUACGGGGCCUUAACGUCAGGCCGGUAUUGACUCUACCCCCGGACGGCCAGUGGGGGUACAAAGUGAACGGCAGCUUCACCGGAGCUAUCGGCAUGUUACAGAGAAAGGAAGUGGACCUGUUCAUCGGUCCGGCAGGCCUGAUCGCCGAGCGACUGGAGGCGGCCAACUUCUACCCCUACGUCUUCGGCUACUCCACCAUACUGGCACCGCACCCACGAAAAAUUGUCGACCCCUUCAGCUUUAUCAACGCCUUCCAGUCCCAGGUCUGGCUGGCCAUUUUCCUGAGCUGGUUCCUGGUGGCCUUCGUGUCAACCAUCGGAGAGUCGCUGUUUUCCACGCUGGCUCCGGGUCGCGGCGUAGGUGUGCGUCUCGGUAGCUACUGGAACCAUCUAUGGGAAUACCUGCAGUUCAUGCUUCCGCAAGGUACUGCGCACAUCACAUCAUCAGUGUAG